AUGGGUCUAAUAAUCUACAUGAUAAUGAUGGACAGUCAGCACAAGGAACAUGGUGGUUCCAUGCCUGUGGACCAAAACAUUCUACCUGGUCGCUCUGUCUUGGCCUUUUUCUGCUUUGCACACCUGUACAGUUACUUCUACGUACAAGCGUCCCGUUCACUAAGACAUGGUGUAUUCAACAUGGAUGUGCUCAUCGUCUUAGCAACCACCAUUACGAUGCUGGCUGGAACAUGUUGCUAUAAGUCUCCACAGCGUUAUGACCAAAAUAUCUCCCGGAAAGAUGUGAUCAUCCGGCUUGCUUUCCAGGCCUCCAUCACGGUUUUGUCCAUUGCAUGCCCCUGCUCUCUGGGUCUGGCAACCCCGACUGCCGUUAUGGUGGGCACAGUGGUAGGCAGCCAGAAUGGCAUUCUCAUAAAGGGUGGAGAACCUCUGGAAAUGGCCCACAAGAUAGGGGCUGUUAUGUUUGAUAAGACGGGCACCAUCACUAACGGGGUGCCGCAAGUGUCCCGUGAACUGGCACUGUGGGAUCGAGCAAGGCUUCAUCUCUGGAAGUUUCUGGCUGUGGUAGGCACCGCUGAGGCCAGCAGUGAACAUCCAUUGGGCAUGGCUGUUGCCAAAUAUUGCAAAGAGGAGUUGGGAACAGAAAGUCUGGGUUACUGCUAUGACUUCCAAGCAGUUCCUGGCUGUGGAAUCAGUUGUAAAGUCUCCAACACUGAGGAUCUGCUUCAGAACAGCCCAAAGGCACAAGCAACGCCCACAGCAAAACACACACCACUUCUGCUCACCCUCCAAGGAGCCACCACAGAUGAGAGCAGCCUGUUGGCAGACACAGAUUCAAGGUCAGUUAAAGUUUACAUGUGGAAGUUAGAGUAUAUCUUCAUAGUACGUCAAACUCUUUUCUUUUUUAAAUCCUGCCUUCCCUUGUAUGACCUCUAUAAGCCUUUUUCCAUGUCAGAGUUGCACUGGAAGGAAAUAGAAUGUACACGAUGGAAUUCAUCUUAUUUUUUGGAAAGUUCAUUUCUUUCUCAUUAUAUAUAUAUCACUCUUUUUAUCACUCCAUUCCUCUUCCCCUCUCCCUCUUACUUUCAUAAAGUGGCAAAGGAUCAAGAAUUGCAGAAAAGAGGUCUUAAAGUUGCAAUGGUGGAUGACGGGGUCAAUGACUUGCCGACUCUUGCCCAUGCUGAUCUGUGCAUCACCAUUGGUACAGGCACUGAUGCUGUCAUUGAGGAAGCAGAUAUUGUCCUGAUACAGAAUUCUUCCUUCAAUGAUUUGCUGGAUGUGGUGGCCAGUAUUGAGCUGUCUAAAAAGACUGUGCAGAGAAUCCAGAUCAACUUUGUGUUUGCUCUUAUUUACAACUUGCUUGGCAUCACUAUUGCUGCAGGUGUGUUAAUGCCUACUGGACUGGUGCUGCAGCCCUGGAUGGGUUCUGCUGCGAUGGCAGCUUCAUCUGUCUCUGUUGUGCUCUCUUCUGUACUACUUAGACUGUACAAGAAGACAUCAGUAGAAGUGUAUGAGUUGAGAGCUCAGGGUCAUAAACUCAGUCCGAGUCCAACUCAGGUCAGCACCCAUGUGGGACUGGAGAACCUUCACUGCAGCCCUCUUUCAUACCACAUGGACAGACACAGGCAGAGCCGAUCUGGCUCAGACCCCUCCUCCUUUCGUCCAAACUCCUCCCACCUCUCCACAACACAACCAUACAGCCCCUCCCACUUCUCUCAGCUAGAGCCUGAUGUGACAGGAUGAAGCUUCAUCGUGUAGAAGAACUAGCCUGGAGUAUGUCAUGGGGCCAAAUAAACUUUCAGAGUACAAAGUAUGCUCUACAUCUAUGAUCUGCCAUCACUUGUCCUUAUUUUAGUAUAUUUUUUAUAUCAUUGUCUUCAACAGGGGUCUGUGACCCCCUAGGCAGUACUGCAGGUGGUUCGCCAAUUGUUUAAUUUCAAAACAGAUUUUUGUGGAAAAAAAGAGAAACAAACAUGCAUUAAACUAAAAUACAAUAUUAAGUUAAACUGGAAAUUGUCUAAAUACUUCAUUUUACUAUACCUUCCGCAAUAAAAUGUUUUAAGUAAGCUUGAAUUAUAAAGUACAGGUAUAUGACUCUUUACAUAGAUAAUUAUUAUUUCAUUGCUGUGCAAUGUAAGCAUCAUAACAAAGUGUGUAACACAUUUCUUUACUUUAUAUGGAGCCUCAAAACUAAGAUAGCAUACUCAAAAUCAGUGCUAUAUUUAAUUCUCAUCUGGAACCCAUUGCCAAAAAAUGAAUGUAGUAUGCACCCAGAAAUUGGUAAAAUAAUCUGGAUAAUCUGAAUUUGCAUUUGUUUGUGUUGGUCUCCACAAACAAUGAUCCAAUAAAAAUGUGGCGACUUUUUUUUUCUUCACCAUGACAGUUAGAGAGGGUUUCUGCCAUAAACAUAAGGUGCUGGUAGAGAUACAGUAUAGCUGGAUUUUGAGUAGUGCCACCUGGAAAAAUAACUUCACAAAUAGAGUUAGUAGAAAAAAUUUGUUUGUUGACAUAUUUGAUUGAGGUACCUUUGACUCAUCAAAUUGUAUUUCAGUAGACAGUAAGUUUAUAAUCAUGACAUGUCUAAUAUGUUCUCACUAGAUUGAUCAGAUUAUGUGAUUUUGCUCCCAGAUUGCUAUGCCUAAAGGUAAAAGACAUAGUGACACUUUUUCUAAAAGUGAAUAUUUUUUAAUUUAAUAUACAGUCAGCAGUGUAAAACAAAUCUGUCCACGAGUUUUCAUAUACAAAAUAAAGUGCAUGGUCCCAGCAUGGCCUUUUCACAUGUGCUAUGUUACAUUAUUAUAAUACAGGACAAUUGUAUCCCCGUUUUAUUCAUCCAUCAGCAGUACACAAUUGAAAGUAUAAAUAUACAUUAAUGCAGCACACAAUCACUGGCUGUCAAAAAAUACAAAGCACAUACUACAAGUCAAGGUUAAAAGGUCACAUUGAAAAGGUUUUGGGCCAGUUGUGUUGUAUUGGAGUAUUUCAGUAUCUUUGAUUGAUUGAUUGUUUAAGCUUGGAGCUCAGUUUCUCUUAAAUUUAGCUGGACUGGACUUAGCUGGACUAUAUUGCAUAGCUCAAA